GCUUCCAUCUCUAUCACAAGUUGCCCUCAAUAGUACCUGAAAGCUGUCUCCUCAUUCUGGUUGGAUUGCUUCUUGGUGGGAUUAUUUUUGGAGCAGAGGAAAAGUCCCCACCUGUAAUGAACAGCGAUGUUUUUUUCUUGUAUCUUUUACCACCCAUUGUACUCGACGCUGGAUAUUUUAUGCCAACUCGUCUUUUCUUUGAGAACUUUGGUACCAUAUUCUGGUAUGCCGUGGUGGGCACGCUGUGGAACGCCAUCGGCAUUGGAAUUUCACUUUAUGGAAUUUGCCAGAUCAGUGCAUUUGGUUUGACUGAUAUCACGUUGCUGCAGAAUUUGCUCUUUGGCAGCCUCAUUUCAGCUGUGGAUCCCGUGGCGGUGUUAGCUGUUUUUGAAAAUAUUCAUGUCAAUGAGCAGCUUUACAUCCUGGUGUUUGGCGAGUCUUUGCUGAAUGAUGCUAUAACUGUGGUCCUGUACAAUUUGUUCAAGUCUUUCUGCCAGAUGCGCACAAUUAAGGUUAUUGACAUAUUCGCUGGGAUUGCUAACUUCUUUAUAGUGGGGAUCGGUGGAGUAUUGAUUGGAAUCCUUUUGGGAUUUGUAGCAGCCUUUACCACCCGUUUCACCCAUAAAAUCCGAGUGAUUGAGCCACUCUUUGUCUUCCUGUACAGUUACUUGUCAUACAUAACAGCUGAAAUGUUUCAUCUCUCGGGCAUCAUGGCGAUUACAGCUUGUGCCAUGACCAUGAAUAAAUAUGUGGAGGAAAAUGUUUCUCAAAAGUCCUAUACAACAAUAAAGUAUUUCAUGAAGAUGCUGAGCAGUGUCAGUGAGACCUUAAUCUUCAUCUUCAUGGGAGUGUCUACAGUUGGGAAGAACCAUGAGUGGAACUGGGCCUUCGUUAGCUUCACCCUCCUUUUCUGUUUAAUCUGGAGGGCACUGGGUGUUUUUGUUCUGACUCAGAUCAUUAAUGUGUUCCGGACAAUUCCUCUCACUUUUAAGGACCAAUUUAUUAUCGCCUAUGGAGGCCUUCGAGGAGCUAUUUGCUUUUCACUUGUAUUUCUGCUUCCUCCUGCUGUGUUUCCCAGGAAAAAGUUGUUCAUCACUGCUGUUAUUGUGGUGAUAUUCUUUACUGUUUUCAUUCAGGGAAUAACAAUUCGCCCACUCGUGGAGUUUCUUGAUGUCAAAAGGUCAAAUAAAAAGCAACCUGCUGUCAGUGAAGAAAUUUAUAACAGGUUCUUUGACCACGUGAAGACUGGAAUUGAAGAUGUGUGUGGACACUGGGGUCACAACUUUUGGAGAGAUAAGUUUAAAAAGUUUGACAAUAAAUACCUGCGAAGACUUCUAAUCCGGGAGAACCAGCCCAAAUCCAGCAUUGUUUCUUUAUACAAGAAGCUGGAAAUCAAACAUGCCAUUGAGAUGGCAGAGAGCGGAAUGAUAAGCAAGGUCCCAUCGUCGGUGUCUCUCAGUGAAUAUCAUGAGGGAAAGAUAAAGCCGCUUUCUCCCACUGAAAUGGAAAACAUGCGGGAAAUAUUGACGAAGAACCUCUACCAAAUACGACAUCGAACAAUGUCAUAUAACCGACAUAGCCUGGCUGCAGAUGCAAAUGAAAAGCAGGCCAAAGAAAUUCUGAUCCGUCGCCGGCACAGCCUUAGGGAGAGCCUGAGGAAAACGAACAGCCUGUCCAGAGAAAGACCGGCUGCUGCAAAUACAAAAAGAUUCCUUUCACUUCCUAAAAACACUAAACUCCCAGAGAAACUACGAGUGAGAAAUAACACAUCUUCCAGAGUGGGUGACAGCAGUGACUCUGAGAUGGAUGCCACUACCACAGUGCUCAAUCUGAGACCCAGAGCAGGGAAAAUCUUGAGAGACCAGAGACUGAGACAGCAGAGGCCACCACCUGAGUUUAGGGUGGAGUGGAAGAAUGAAGUUGACGGGAGCCAGGAUGCACGAAGAGAACAGCCGGAGCCAAGCACCUUGCCUCAGCCCUCCAUUGGGUUCAGGCAGCCACUGCUGACGAGACCAAGAUUUGGCACUUUGAGCAGGGAAGAUUUGACUGCAGACCAUGGGUCAGCAAGACCUGUGCCACCACCACGGUUAGUUAGGCAGGCAUCGCAGGGGGAAAGGCAGAGAAAUAAGCCUGAGAACCAGACGUACUGAACAUACCAAAAAGAGAACUAUUGGUAAUAAACCAUGGAUGUAUUGAAUCCAGAUUCUAAACUAUCUUAUCAGCAUAUGGGAUCCAUUAAAAAACAAAACAAAACAAAACAAGCCUCAAUGUGGAUCUAACCACUUCCAUUUGGGUGAAGUAAUUAACUAAGUGAAAGGAAUACUGGAACAAUUGCAGAGCUGAAGACAUAAAAAAA